AUGGGUGGUACAUCUGAAAUUCCUAAACCAAGCAAUAUACCAUUUAAAUAUAAAAAAAUAUGGACUUCUCACCCUGAAUUUAUGCAACUUAUACUAAAAUCUUGGGAAGAAGAAUGUUCUGGAAAUCCUGCAUUUAGAUUUAUGAGUAAACUCAAAAGGUUCAAAGUAAUUGUUAAGAAAUGGAAUUGGGAGGUGUUUGGAGAUUUGAGAGUUAAAGUCAAAGAAACUGAAGAUGAAGUUUUUAAUGCUUCCGUACUUUCAGAUGCUCAACCAGAAAAUGUGGAACUUCUUAACAAACUAGUUACAGCAAGGGGCAAACAUGAGUUGGAUGCACAACAAUAUAAUGAGUUGCUGAGGUCAAAGGCAAGAGUUAAAUUGGUGAAAGAAGGUGGUGCAAAUACUAGUUUCUUUCAUACUUCUAUGAAAGUAAUAAAUGCACAUAAUAAAAUAGUUGAACUUGAAGAUGCUAAUGACAAUAUUGUUGCAGAUCAAGAAAACAUUUCAGAGUUAUUGGUGAAUCAUUUUAAGAAGAAAUUUGAAUAUCAUGCAGUUAUAAUGGAUGAAGGGAGUUUUGAUAUUAUUCCCAAGGUAAUAACUGAUGAGGAGAAUGCUCAGAUGGAUCAAUUACCUUCAGCACAAGAGAUCAAAGAAGCAGUUUUCUCAAUGGAUCCAAACAGUUCUCCUGGACCUCAUGGAAGAAACAUUCAAGAGAAGAUAGUACUUGCUUCUGAGCUAGUAAAUGAGCUAGAUACUAAGAGAAGAGGAGGCAAUGUGGGCUUGAAGUUGGACAUCACACAAGAUUUUGAUUCAAUGAGCUGGGAAUUCAUCUUUAAAACUCUUAAACAUUUUGGUUUCUCUGAAGUGGGUAUCAGAUGGUUGAAAACCAUUCUAGAAUCUGCAAGAAUAUCAGUAAAUGGUGGGCCUUUUGGUUUCUUUGAUGUAGGGAGAGGUCUCAGACAUGGAGACCCCCUUUAUCCCAUUUUAUUUGUGAUAGCUGAGGAAGUAUUGAGUAGAAAUAUUGCCAGAAUGGUUCAUGAAGGACUACUAAAAACAAUGGUCAAUAGAGGUGGAUGUCAGCCUUCUCAUCCAAUGUUUGUAGAUGACACAUUCAUAUUUUGCAAUGGGCACAAAAGAACAUUGGAUAAUUUAAUGGGUUUGCUAACAAGAUAUCAAGCAGCAUAUGGACAGACAGUUAAUAGAGCAAAGAGUAAGUGCUUUAUUGGUGGUGUCACUAAAGAUAGAAAGCAAGUAAUUGCUUAG